AUGGCUCGCACAAAAUGCAAAUCCCCUGCUACUGUUGCUGCUUCGUCAUCCUCAUCUGCAUCUAACGAUCUCCUUGUCGCCGUAUUACGGAAGAAAUUGAAAGAAAAGAAGAACUCACCUAAACCUGAAUCAACCGGUGCAUCCUCUAACCCAUCCAAGGUUGUCGAACCCACUGUAUCAGCACCAGAAAAGAAAAAGAAGAGAAAAAUGCGCGGGAUUGAUACCCAACGCAAAAAGGGCGCUGCCCAAUCUUUGGGUUCAAUGGAUAAGGCGCUGCUUGAUUGUAAAUUUAUCAAAUGGGAUUACUUUGGUCAGGUAAAUUUUCAAUUCAAAGAACUUUUUGAGUUUCAAGAAUGGAUGACUGUUUGUGAGUGCACAAAUGCGUAUUACCCUAGACUGGUUCAAGACUUUUAUAGAACUCUAAGAACAAUUGAUGAUGAAGACAAAUUUGAAGUUGUUUUGAAUGAUAAUGCGUAUGUUAUUUCUGUUGAGAUGAUUACUAAGGCUUUGAAAUUGCCUAAUGCUGGAAAUAAAAUCUCCACUCAUAGAGAUGUUGCUAGGGUUCCAGGCUUUAAUUUGGCUGUGUUUGAAAAUGAAGUCUUCCCUACCAAUACUGCCACAAAUGAAAAGUCCACUAGCACAAAAGCUUUUCAACAUAUUAAAAUCAUUCACAGUAUGGUGAACUACAUUUUCUGUCCUAAGUCUGGCAGCUAUGGUUAUUUGAGUUAUCUGGACAUGUGUAUCAUGUGGCACAUUGUUAACAAAGUAAGGAUGAAUUUGGCUUAUUUGAUUUUCAAGAACAUGUGCAAAGCCUAUGGGAUUGGAAAAUUGCCUUAUGCACAUCUCUUGACUGCUUUGUUUAAAGAGCCGGAUAUAAAUGUCUCUAAGGAAAGUUCUAGGACUGAUUUGAUUAUGCUUAGAGAAAUUCACUCUGACACUGAUGAAAGAAAGAAAAGGUUUGAAAAAGGUGGUUCUUCCUCAGCUAAGGUUGGUUCAGAUUCUACAAAUGAGUUUAUGAGUGAGCUUCAAGGGCUAAAAGCUGCUAUUAAUGAUCAAUUUACUUCAACCCAUCAGUCCAUUGAACUUCUGAGAAAAUUUAUGGAUGUGGUUGACUACAAGGUGAGUCACUUGCUUACUCAAAAUGAGGAAUUAAAGAAGCUAAUUGUGGAUCUUCAGCAGGCCAAGGAAACUGGUUUCCCAACUAAAGUUGAGGCUGCUACUCAAGUCUCUGCUCAUAGUACUGAUAGGGGUGAAAGUAAUAAGGUUGCUGAAGCCCCUGUUGAACAUGCUAGUGAACAGGUUAUUGAACCUGAAGUUGGUCUUGCAACUGAUGUCCCUAUUGAGCAUGGUAGUGAAAAGAUUGUUACAUCUCUAAGUGCACCACCUGUUGAACCUCUAAGUGCACCACCUGUUGAACCUGCAGCUGCCCCUACGCAGCAGAAGGAAGCCUCUCUAAAGGAUCACUAA